UCCCCCUGCUGCAGGCCCAGCCUAUAAAGCCACCCUGCGUGUCCCCGCCGACCCUGGCCCCCGCCCCUGCCACCCAGAGCCACCAUGGCAGAGCUGCCGGGGUCGGAGACGCCGGGGGACCCCACGCUGUGCAGUGGGCGCUUUACCAUUAGCACGCUGUUGGGGAGCGAUGAGUCCCCACCGCCGGCUGCCUAUGACAGCAGCCACCCCAGCCACCUGACCCAUGGCAGCACCUUGUACAUGCGAACCUUUGGCUACAACACUAUUGACGUGGUACCGGCCUACGAGCACUAUGCCAACAGCGCCCUGCCGGGCCAGCCCCGCAAGGUCCGGCCCACACUGGCCGACCUGCACUCCUUCCUUAAGCAGGAAGGCAGCCCCCUGCACGCCCUGGCCUUUGACAGCCGGCCCAGCCAUGAGAUGACGGACGGGCUGGUGGAGGAUGAGGCGGGCACCGGUGGCGAGAAGAGCCCGGGGGAGCCCGUGCGCUUUGGCUGGGUCAAGGGGGUGAUGAUCCGUUGCAUGCUCAAUAUCUGGGGUGUGAUCCUCUAUCUGCGGCUCCCGUGGAUUACAGCCCAGGCGGGCAUUGUCCUGACCUGGAUCAUCAUCCUGCUGUCGGUCACGGUGACCUCCAUCACCGGCCUCUCCAUCUCGGCCAUCUCCACCAACGGCAAGGUCAAGUCAGGUGGCACCUACUUCCUCAUCUCCCGGAGCCUUGGCCCAGAGCUGGGGGGCUCCAUCGGCCUCAUUUUUGCUUUCGCCAAUGCCGUGGGUGUGGCCAUGCACACGGUGGGCUUCGCUGAGACCGUGCGGGACCUGAUCCAGGAGUACGGCUCGCCCAUCGUGGACCCCGUCAAUGACAUCCGGAUCAUCGGCGUGGUCACCGUCACCGUGCUGCUGGCCAUCUCCCUGGCUGGCAUGGAGUGGGAGUCCAAGGCCCAGGUUCUCUUCUUCAUGGUCAUCAUGGUCUCUUUUGCCAACUACUUGGUGGGGACGCUGAUCCCCCCGUCUGAGGACAAGGCCUCCAGGGGCUUCUUCAGCUACCGGGGGGACAUUUUUGUCCAGAACUUGGUGCCCGACUGGCGGGGCCCGGACGGCAGCUUCUUCGGGAUGUUCUCCAUCUUCUUCCCCUCGGCCACGGGCAUCCUGGCGGGGGCCAACAUCUCCGGGGACCUCAAGGACCCUGCCAUCGCCAUCCCCAAGGGGACACUCAUGGCCAUCUUCUGGACCACCGUCUCCUACCUGGCCAUCUCGGCCACCAUCGGCUCCUGCGUGGUUCGUGACGCCUCCGGGAACCUGAAUGACACGGUGACCCCGGGCCUGGGUGCCUGCGAGGGGCUGGCCUGCGGCUACGGCUGGAACUUCACCGAGUGCGCCCAGCAGCACAACUGCCACUACGGCCUCAUCAACUACUACCAGACUAUGAGCAUGGUGUCCGGCUUCGCACCCCUGAUCACAGCCGGCAUCUUCGGGGCCACCCUCUCCUCUGCCCUGGCCUGCCUCGUCUCGGCCGCCAAAGUCUUCCAGUGCCUGUGCGAGGACCAGCUGUACCCUCUGAUCGGCUUCUUCGGCAAGGGCUACGGCAAGAACAAGGAGCCGAUCCGCGGCUACCUGCUGGCCUACGCCAUCGCCGUGGCCUUCAUCAUCAUCGCCGAGCUCAACACCAUCGCCCCCAUCAUCUCCAACUUCUUCCUGUGCUCCUACGCCCUCAUCAACUUCAGCUGCUUCCACGCCUCCAUCACCAACUCCCCCGGGUGGCGGCCCUCCUUCCGCUACUACAGCAAGUGGGCGGCGCUGUUCGGGGCGGUCAUCUCCGUGGUCAUCAUGUUCCUUCUCACCUGGUGGGCGGCCCUCAUCGCCAUCGGCGUGGUCCUCUUCCUCCUGCUCUACGUCAUCUACAAGAAGCCAGAGGUGAACUGGGGCUCCUCCGUGCAGGCCGGCUCCUACAACAUGGCCCUGAGCUACUCCGUGGGCCUCAACGAGGUGGAGGAGCACAUCAAGAACUACCGCCCCCAGUGCCUGGUGCUCACGGGGCCCCCCAACUUCCGCCCGGCCCUGGUGGACUUUGUGGGCACCUUCACGCGGAACCUCAGCCUGAUGAUCUGCGGCCACGUGCUCAUCGGACCCCGCAAACAGAGGAUGCCCGAGCUCCGGGCCAUCGCCAACGGGCACACCAAGUGGCUAAACAAGAGGAAGAUCAAGGCCUUCUACUCAGACGUCAUCGCCGAGGACCUGCGCAGCGGGGUCCAAGUUCUCAUGCAGGCCGUGGGUCUGGGGAGGAUGAAGCCCAACAUCCUGGUGGUCGGGUUCAAGACCAACUGGCAGUCGGCUCACCCGGCCACGGUGGAGGACUACAUCGGCAUCCUGCACGACGCCUUUGAUUUCAACUACGGAGUGUGCGUCAUGAGGAUGCGCGAGGGGCUCAACAUCUCGGAGGUGAUGCAGGCGCACAUUAACCCCGUGUUUGACCCGGCCCAGGACGGCAAGGAAGCCAGCGCCAGCAGGGCCCGGCCGUCCGUCUCUGGCACACUGGACCCCGAGGCCCUGGUGCGGGAGGAGCAGGCCAGCACCAUCUUCCAGUCGGAGCAGGGCAAGAAGACCAUCGACAUCUACUGGCUGUUCGACGAUGGAGGCCUCACCCUCCUCAUCCCCUACCUCCUCGGCCGCAAGAAGAGAUGGAGCAAAUGCAGGAUCCGAGUGUUCGUGGGCGGCCAGAUCAACAGGAUGGACGAGGAGAGGAAGGCAGCUCUUUCUGGUGCGUGGAAGCCAGGCCGUCUUACCUGGUGUCCCUGCCCGCUCUGUCCCAGCACCAAGCGCUUUGAGGACAUGAUUGCGCCCUUCCGCCUGAAUGACGGCUUCAAGGACGAGGCCACCGUGGCCGAGAUGAGGCGGGACUGCCCCUGGAAGAUCUCGGAUGAGGAGAUGAACAAGAAUAGAGUCAAGUCCCUGCGGCAGGUGCGGCUGAAUGAGAUUCUGCUGGAUUACUCCCGAGACGCCGCGCUCGUGGUCAUCACCUUGCCCAUCGGGAGGAAGGGGAAGUGCCCGAGCUCGCUGUACAUGGCCUGGCUGGAGACGCUGUCCCAGGAGCUCCGCCCGCCCGUCAUCCUGAUCCGAGGGAACCAGGAGAAUGUGCUCACCUUCUACUGCCAGUAACGCCAAGCGUGGCCACGCCUGCCCGAGGCCGAGGGCGCAUCCCCUGGGACACCCACCUCUCCCCGGGACAAGGCCUGCGCUCCGUCCCGCCCCAGGAUCUGACUGAAGAGGCUGCAGGUUUCCAAACUUUGGUCGGAACCCACUCCCCUCGGACCUGUCCUCCGGGCUUGGUUUUAUGGGCUGGCGAAGGAGCCUUUGAGGCUGGGUGAAAAGUUCUCUGGCGGAUCGGAUCCAUCGUCCUUUUAAGUUCUUCUGAUUUUGAUGGCAGCAAAUUAAGAUUUCAGUCUUUGAUUGAUAGACAAGUUUGAGUCAGAGUGUUGGCUGUUUGUACAGACGUUUCCAUGCCUGCCUCCUGCAAGGUCAGGAGAAGGGGCACCCCACAUGCACACCCUGGUCGCCCUCACCGAGGGAUGCAGGGCUCCUGGAACCUCCAUACUCAUGCAGAUUUCUCUAACCACCUCUCACGCCCUGCGCUUUCAAUAAUAAUGCGUCUUCG